AUGGGAAACUCUGGAUCCGUUAGUCUUUCCCCACGGGGGGAAUACGCACCAGCUCCUAACAUUAAUCCUUCUAUAGCUGGAAUCUCAACUCCAACGGCGUCAAUCGUCCUUCUCGACUACCCAGUCAAGAAGGAAAACCCUCAAUCUCUACUCACUGGAAAUACCCCAGAUUCUCCACCAACACAAAACGAGCACACAACGAUACAAAUCACCACUCAAGAAUCCCAUCCACCUCCGAGCAAGAUCGCAUCCAAAGAGGCUGUCGAGCUUCCCCCUCAACAACGACCCACCAAACCCUCACUGCAUCCCCAGCCUCGAACACACGAGACAGAAAAUGCUCAAGAAGAAGACAUUUUCGACUCUUUCCCGACCCUCUAA